AUGGCACAAAGCAACACUGUAAACAGAAGAUGGUUGUUGGCAUCACGUCCACAUGGUGCACCAGUACUUGAUAACUUUAAAUAUGAGACUGUUCCCAUUCCAGAGCCUGCUGAUGGUGAGUUGUUGCUAAGGACCAUCUAUCUGUCUCUAGACCCAUAUAUGAGAGGUAGAAUGAAUGCUGCCGAGUCAUAUGCUGCACCAUUGCAGAUUGGUGACGUGAUUGUUGGAGGAACUGUGUCUGUGGUGGUCAAGUCAAACCAUCCAAACUAUGCCGUUGGUGACACUGUUGUUGGUUACCUCGGAUGGCAAGACUAUGCCAUUUCAAAUGGCAAGUUCAUGGAGAAGUUGAAGGGACCAAUCUUGAACCACCAAUCCCUGGCACUUGGUGCACUCGGUAUGCCAGGCCUCACUGCAUACUUUGGCCUCAUCGAUAUUGGUAACCCCAAGCCAGGUGAGACUGUUGUGGUCUCUGCCGCCACCGGUGCCGUUGGCUCUUUGGUCGGACAAAUCGCCAAGAUCAAGGGCUGCUACGUUGUUGGUAUUGCUGGUGGUCCAGAGAAGUGUCGCUAUGCGGUCGAGACACUUGGAUUCGACAAGUGUAUCGAUCACAAGGAUGACAACAUGGCUCAACUGUUGAAGGAGGCCUGUCCCAAGGGCAUCGAUGUCUACUUUGAGAAUGUUGGAGGAAAGGUGUUCAAUGCUGUCCUGGACCUUGUCAACACUGGUGCACGUAUCCCAAUCUGUGGACUGAUCUCUGUCUACAACGCCACCUCCUACCCAGUCGGACCAGACAGAAUCUCUGCAUACAACGGCAAGAUCCUUUCAAAGAGAAUGCGUGUCCAAGGUUUCAUCUCCACAAUGGAUUAUGGUCACAGAUACAAAGAGUUCGCUGAUGCCAUGGGACAAUGGGUGUUUGAAGGCAAGAUCACUUACCGUGAGGACGUUACUGAUGGAUUGGAGAAUGCUCCACAGACAUUGAUUGGUCUACUCGAAGGCAAGAACUUUGGAAAGGUCAUCAUCAAGGUUGCCGAUAAGUAG